AGUUGUGGUUCAGAGGUCGAACGAUAGAGUCCAACCCCACAAGUGUUCCGUCAACUGAUCAUUUUUCCCACAUAAAUCUUCAAUUCUUUCUGUUGCACCCUCUUGCACAGUGAAAGUCUGUGAGCUUCUCGAAAGCCACACAUAAUCAAACACCUUGUCAGAGAUUACCCAUCAUUGAAGAAGAAGAAAAAAUUGGAUUAAGUGAUUUUUUUUGUGAAGAAAAAGAUUUUUCCAUCCUUCUGAAUUAAGGGAUCAUAUUUCUGGAUUUAAAAAAAAUUAAAAGAGAUUGAGAGAAAAAUCAAUUUUUUGCUAAAGAGAAAAUCAGUAAAAACAUCAAGAUGGAUUGCGCAGAAUUCAGGGUGAGAGGUCGCGAAAUGGUGGAGUACAUUUGCAAAUAUUUGGAGACCAUUGAGGAGCGUCGUGUAACACCGGACAUUGAGCCUGGCUACUUGAGACACCUACUCCCGCAUGAAGCACCAAUGAAUCCUGAACCAUGGGAAAAUAUAAUGGAUGAUGUGGAGAAGAAAAUAAUGCCGGGUGUUACUCAUUGGCAACAUCCGCAUUUCCACGCUUACUACCCAUCGGGAAAUUCCUUUGCAUCAAUCCUCGCGGAUAUGCUGAGUGAUGCAAUUGGAUGUAUUGGCUUUUCAUGGGCAGCUGGUCCUGCGUGCACUGAGCUCGAGACAAUUGUUCUCGAUUGGUUGGGAAAAGCCAUUGGGCUGCCGGAUGAAUUCUUGGCAUUGAAAAAGGGCAGCAAGGGUGGUGGUGUCAUUCAGGGAUCAGCAUCUGAUUGCAUUCUUGUUUCAAUGCUGGCUGCUCGAGCACAAGCAAUAAAACAGCUCAAACAGCAACAUCCAUUUGUCGAGGAGGGACAUCUCCUGUCCAAACUCAUGGCAUAUUGCUCCAAAGAGGCGCACAGUUGCGUUGAGAAAGCCGCAAUGAUUUCUUUUGUGAAAUUAAGAAUUCUUGAGCCAGAUAGCAAAUGUUCCCUACGCGGUGAUACUGUGGCUAAGGCAAUGGAGGAAGAUGAACAACAGGGACUUGUGCCAUUUUUCAUUUCAACAACCCUUGGAACAACGGGAAGUUGUGCUUUCGAUGCUAUUGAAGAAAUAGCAAAUGUACUAAAACAUCAUCCAGGUGUUUGGUUUCAUGUUGACGGAGCUUAUGCUGGAAGUGCAUUUAUUUGUCCUGAAUUGAGAUAUUUACUAAAGGGCAUUGAAUACGCAGCAUCUUUCAAUACAAAUCCCAAUAAAUGGCUGAAUACGAGCUUUGACUGCUCUUGUCUGUGGGUUCGUGAUCGUGUUCGUCUAACAUCCGCUCUUGUGGUUGAUCCAUUGUAUCUGAAGCAUGGAUAUUCAGAAUCUGCUAUUGAUUACCGCCAUUGGGGCAUCCCAUUGAGUCGUCGCUUUCGUUCACUAAAGAUCUGGUUUGUAUUGCGCAAUUAUGGAAUUUCUGGGCUUCAGCAGUACAUUCGGCGUCACAUAAUGGUGGCAAAGCAUUUUGAGUCAUUGGUUUUACGUGAUAGAAGAUUUGAGAUAUGCAACGAUGUUAAGCUCGGCUUGGUAUGUUUCCGCCUCAAAGGAUCCGACAAAUUGAAUGAGAAACUCCUGAGCAAUAUUAAUGCUUCUGGGAAAAUUCACAUGGUUCCAGCGAAUAUCAAUGACAAAUACACUAUUCGCUUCUGCGUCAAUGCAGAAUAUGCUACGGAUGAAGAUGUUGAAUAUGCAUGGGAUGUCAUUACAGACUUUGCAGCUGAGAUAAUUGAAAAGGAACAAGCGGAUGAACUGACAGAGAUAAGGGAUCGCAAGAAGAAGGAAACUCUCGCCCAGAAACGGUCAUUCUUCGUCCGAAUGGUCAGUGAUCCGAAAAUAUACAAUCCAGCUAUUAAUAAGGCGGGUACACCAAGAAUAUCCACCGAAGUCAUGUCUCCGACUGUCGAUGGUGCCCCAAUGAUUCAGACACCCACAAACAAUACUGCGUCAUGGAUCAGCUGGCCAUUGGGAUUCCUAUUUGCAUCAUCCGACGAUGGACCACGCUUGAGAUUCCGUCAUUUAGACACAACUGUGGGACUACCGAAUUCACGUCGAAACUCCGCUACGGGCGGUGGAUCAUCUCCAUCCCCGGAAAAUGAACUUUGCAUCGCUGCAACACGCUCCCCAAAGAGAUCACCCAUUCUCAUGCGAAAGAGAGAUAAGAAUGAAUCAAAGAAUGGCUUAAACUAAAUUCAAAAACAGAGAAAAAAUUUGCAGAUAGCACAAAAUAACUUUCCAGUAUAAAAAAAUCUUCAUUCGUCAAAGCAAAAAAAAAAAAAAAACAAAUUUCAACCUAAUAAUCACUUUAGAGGAAUUAGAAACAAAAUUAUCCAAUACAGAAUAAAUUAAAUUAUUAAUGAAAAUGUAUUUAAAAAAAUUGUGACCAUCAAAUUAGUAAAAAUUGCCAUCUGUGAGAUUUUUUUUCCUUUCGCGAGGGAAAAGAGUCAAAUCAUGCAAGACGUAUGUAGUACUUUAUCGUUCGAAAUGAUUGCCAUAUAAGAGAAUAUGUGAGUAAGGAAAAAUAAAUAACUCUCAAAGUAAAUAAA